GGUUACUGCUCAGGCUCUCACAGCCCGCCAUCUUGUUGCGGCUCUACUACGUGUGUGGAAGAGUUCCUACAAGAGGAGGGGGGGGUCAAGUUGCAUUUUCUUCUUUCCCCCCUUCCUUUUAAGUUGAGAUCCAGGGUGCCGAACGACAGAUUUUUCUUUUCUUUUUUUUGCUCCAAAGCAGGAACUGCUUAACUGUUUUAUUUUGCGGAAUUAAAAUAAUACAACAGAGAUGAGUAUCGAGACGCUUUUGGAGGCAGCCAAGUUUUUAGAAUUGCAAGCCCAGCAACAACAGAAAACACGUGAAGAGAACGAGCUUCGGGAGAGACUGCGCCUCGAACAGGAAGCAGGGAAGCGAAGAGCGGAAGUACCCCAGUGCAUUCAAGCCACACAUGCCAAUCACCUGACCUCGGGGGAGGAGCUGAGUCCAGAGCGUAACCACGCCCCUCCGUCAGCCCUGUCCUCUCCUCCCCCUCCUGCUCCCUCCAUUCCAAUCACAGUCAUUCCCAUUCCUGUGGUGUCGUCAAACCCGACCAUAUCACCUGCAUCCCCCCACCUCAGUGUGCCCCAAAAAGACACCCACUCACUCCAAUCUCAGCAUCUACUUCCCCAACGUGCAGUCUUACCCCCUCAAACUAAUGGCCCAAAACUUUCCCAGCCAUUGCAGCCAUACCCUGGGUCCAUCAUUAGAGCUUCCCAGCAUACUCUGCUCCCCCAUCCAACAAACACCCCAGCACAGCCAAGCCUCAUGGCCAAAACCAGCCCUCCUGAUGAUCACCAUGGCCUGGAUGGCAAGAAAAGACCCGGAGGGGCAGGAACAAGGGAAGUACAUAACAAGCUUGAAAAAAACAGACGUGCACACUUGAAGGAAUGCUUCGAAACCCUCAAGAAGAACAUCCCUAAUGUUGAUGAGAAGAAAACCUCCAAUCUGAGUGUGCUGAGAAGUGCGCUAAGAUACAUUCAGACUUUGAAGAGGAAAGAGAAGGAGUAUGAGCAUGAGAUGGAGCGCCUGGCCCGUGAGAAGAUCUCCACACAACAGAGGCUGGCUGAGCUGAAGAACGAGUUCAGCCAGUGGAUGGACAUGAUGGAGGUUGAGAGGCUUCUGCGUCAGACCGUCCAGCCCGAAGAUGACCAAGCAUCCACGUCCACAGCCUCAGAAGGUGAAGAUAACAUGGACGAGGACAUCGAGGAAGAGGGUGUGCUGACCCCACCUCACUCCUUACCCAGAGUGCCUCAGCCAGAGCUCAGGAAGCUAUCGCCAUCUCUGCCCCAAACUCUUUCUGUCUCCUCCAAGCCCUUCCAACCUCCACCAUCUGCUACUGCGUCCUCUGCCUUGGCCCCUGCCCAGCCUUCCUCGCCCUCACUCUCCUUGCCCCCUGCACAGGCAGCAGUGACCCAGCAGCCCCAGGCCAUGGUGGCCCCUCAGGGCCUGGCAUAUGGGCAUAUUGUAGCCACUCCCAGCAUCCAGCCAACAGUAAUCACACAUGCUUCUUCACAUGCCUCUGUCAUCCAAGCUGUCAAUCAAGUCACCCAGACAGGCACCAAGCACAUAGCCCACAUCGCCCCCUCCUCCACCUCUUCCUUGUCCUCUUCCACCAGCGCCAUACAGCUGGCACCUGGACCUCAAACCAUUGGGCACAUCACGGUGCACCCGGUGACGCACCUUCCUACACUAUACCCACAACCAGUCACCAUCUCACACGCCCAGGCCAAUGGCACCACAGUGUUGGCCAAACAGACGCCUGUUGGGCAUCAGGUGCUCUCACAUCACCCGCAGCUGGUGGGCCAGACUGUCCUCAACCCGGUUACCAUGGUGACCAUGCCCUCUUUCCCUGUCAGCACACUGAAGCUGGCAUGAGAGAACAGGCUGAUGUGGACUCUGAACUUACUGGCACAAGCCCCUGUUAGUCACAUCCAGCAUUACAGCAGACAAAAGCAGUACAUUCCAAAUACAAACAAAUCUAUGAAGAGUCUAAGAUAAAUCUAUCUAAAUUUAUAUACAUCUAUGUUAUGUUGUAUGGUAAAAGGAAAAAAAAAAAGAUUUUGUAUCCUUUUUGUGUGGAUAAAAUUAGAUUGUGAUGUC